CGAGCAUGGGACGCGGUUCACGCACGCGGUCUCUGCGAAUGGAAUGCGGCCGCGAAUCAGCUGUGGUCGCUUCGGAGCCGGGACUUUUGCGCCGACAACUUUAGCUGUCACUACUGAUGCUGCCGACGGUCGCCAAGAGCAUUUGGUUUUCUCUCUGCUUCUGUGACUCGCGGUCUCGGGGCGGCGACAACAGGUACGAGCCACACCGUUUGCCACUAGUUGUGCAGCGAUUUUCUUCCGGGAAACCCCUGCGAUUGAACUCCUGGGAAAGGCUCCGUGAAUCCCAGCGGCCAGGGAGGCCGAGCACUGGGCAUGGCGAACGAGUCCCAGUGGCUGUCGGAGGCUCCCGUGGUCGAGGUUGGCGGCCAGCGUCAGUGGGUGCUGGCGUGGUGGGCACAGCUGCUGUACGCGCUGCUCUUCGGCUCCGUAGUGACAGUAGCGGUGCUCGGCAACGCUCUGGUCGUGUGGGCCGUGCUAGCGCACCGUAGCAUGCGUACCACGACCAACUGCUUCCUGGUGAACCUGUCGCUGGCGGACGCGAUGACGGCCACCUUCAACGUCGUAUUUAACCUGGUGUACAUGCUGGAAAGCCACUGGGCAUUCGGUCUGCCCUACUGCGUCUUCAGCAACUUCCUGGCCAACCUGACCCUCGCUUCAUCGUCUUUCACCGUAACCGCCAUGAGCGUCGACAGGUACUUCGCCAUCGUGCGACCCCUGUGCGGCCGUCCCCGGCGCCGCCGAGCCGUGGUAACGUUGUGCGCAGUGUGGUCGGGGUCAGCUCUGCUGUCGCUGCCCACGCUGCUCUAUUCUCGCACUCGGUCGUACCGCUACGGGGACCACAGCGUGCGCACCGUCUGCCUUCUCGUGUGGCCCGAUGGCCGCCUGCAUGGCUCUUUCGCUGAUUACGUGUACAACAUCGUCUUCUUGGUGUUGACGUACGCAGUCCCAGUUGCAACGAUGGUUGUUACCUACUCGCGGAUGAGCUGGGUUCUGUGGGGAAGCCGCUGCAUAGGGGAGUUCACCGAACACCAGCAGCUCGCUUUACACAACAAACAAAAGGUGGUGAAGAUGUUGAUGACUGUGGUCAUCUUGUUUACGGUCUCAUGGCUGCCGUACCACGCCUACUUCAUCUACUUGUUCCACCACCCGAGUGCCGCCUACGCGGACUGCAUCCAGCACGUCUACCUAGCCAUGUACUGGCUUGCCAUGGCGCAUACCACAUACAACCCCAUCGUGUACUAUUGCAUGAACCAGAGGUUCAAGCGGUACUUCAGGCGCUUCCUGUGCUUCUGCGUGCGUUCGCUGGAGCCGGGAGACGAGCGCCAGCACAGCCUCGCCCACAGCCGGUGCAGCGUCGCCAGCAGGACUCGAAGCCUCCGGCGGGGUCCUAUGACGAAAUCAGGAGACGUGACCACCGUGAACCACCUUCGCAUCUGUCGCAGCGUGCCAUUAUCGAUCCCGACAACGGAGUACACGGGUGUCCACAUGUAAAUGAAAGCAGCGACUUGAGACGCUGAAAAACAAGCUCGAGUCCGGCAGGAUACAGAACCGAGAAUCCGAUACUUCUAAGCUGUCCUGUUAUAGCUGUCGUGCUCUGCGUGCACAUUGGCCAUCAAAGUCUCAACUAUAUGGCUGCAGCUAAACUAUGUACUUACGUUUUUUUUUUUUUCAGUGCGAGACUUAUCCAACAGAGACACUGCUUCACAGAAGAGAGAAUAAAGCGCCAACAGAAUCAAGGGC